ACCUAUGUAGAAUGCAUACACAUUCCCACCACCGCCCACAGCCAGAACCUCCUUGGCAUCACACACAACAAAAAUACAAACCUUAAAAAAAACAUAACCUUAAACAACAGCGCAUCACCAUCAACACCACCACCAUGUCGAGCAUCGUGAAGGAGAUCCUGGCGAGGCCGAUACAAAUGGCGGAUCAAAUAUCAAAAUUUGCCGAUGAGGCACAAAAUUUCAAACAAGAAUGUCUAGAAUUAAAAACCAAAACAGAAAAACUGGCAGGCCUCCUCCGGCAAGCCGCAAGGAACAGCAACGACCUCUACGAACGUCCAACAAAACGAAUCAUUGAUGACACCGAACAAGUCCUCGAUAAAGCCCUCGGAUUAGUCAUCAAAUGUCGCGUCAACGGCCUUGUAAAACGUCUCUUCACCAUCAUCCCUGCCACAGCUUUUCGCAAAACCUCAAUGCAGCUCGAAAAUUCCCUUGGAGAUGUUCAAUGGCUAUUAAGAGUCUCCGCUUCUGCAGAAGAACGCGAUGACGAAUAUCUUGGUCUUCCUCCCAUUGCAGCUAAUGAACCAAUCCUUUGUCUCAUUUGGGAACAAGUUGCAAUUCUUCUUUCUGGUUGUUCGAUCGAAGAACGUUCUGAUGCUGCGGCUUCUCUUGUUUCAUUGGCACGCGACAAUGAUCGUUAUGGAAAAUUGAUUCUAGAAGAAGGUGGGGUUCCACCUCUUCUAAAACUUCUUAAAGAAGGAAAACUUGAAGGUCAAGAAAACGCUGCAAGAGCAAUUGGUUUACUUGGUAGAGAUCCAGAAAGCGUCGAACACAUUGUGAAUUCCGGUGUUUGUUCUGUUUUCGCGAAAAUACUCAAAGAAGGUCAUAUGAAAGUUCAAAUUGUUGUUGCUUGGGCUAUUUCAGAACUUGCAGCACAUCAUCCAAAAUGUCAAGAUCAUUUUGCUCAGAACAACGCUAUUCGUUUGCUUGUAAGUCACCUCGCUUUCGAAACAAUUCAAGAACAUAGUAAGUAUGCUAUUACAAACAAACAAAACAUGUCUUCUAUUCAUUCCCUUGUUAUGGCUAGCAACAAUAACAACGAUGAUAAUGGCAAAGGUGUUCAAGAAGAUGAUUAUAAGAUAAUUAAUCACCCAGGUACUACUCAAACAUCUAAUCAAAUGCAUAAUGUUAUCAAUAACACAAUAGCCAUGAAGGGAAAUAAUAAUAAUAAUAAUAGUAAUAAUAAGAAGGAUACUAAAGAAGAUAGUAUCAACAAUGCAAUUGUAAAGCAAAACAACAAUAACCAUGUAUCAAUUGCGGGGACGAGUAUUAAAGGGAGAGAAUUUGAAGAUCCUAGAACAAAAGCACAAAUGAAAGCAAUGUCAGCUAGAGCUUUAUGGCAACUAUGUAGAAAAAAUAUUACUAUAUGUCAUACAAUUACAGAAUCAAGAGCUCUUUUGUGUUUCGCGGUUUUAUUGGAAAAAGGUACUGAUGAUGUACAACAUUAUUCAGCAAUGGCUUUAAUGGAAAUAACAGCUGUUGCAGCAGAACAUCCAGAACUAAGACGUUCCGCUUUCAAACCAACUUCUCCUGCAGCAAAAGCUGUAGUAGAACAGUUUCUUAAGGUUAUCGAAAAAGGUGAUUCCGAUGAUUUACUCAUACCCUGUGUUAAAGCUGUUGGUAACUUAGCAAGGACAUUUAGAGCAACGGAAACAAGAUUCAUCGCGCCAUUGGUAAGAUUACUAGACGAAAGAGAACCGGUUAUUUCUAUGGAAGCAGCAGUUUCUUUAAUCAAAUUUGCUGAGAGUGAUAACUAUCUUCAUGAGACUCAUUGCAAUGCUAUUAUAGCAGCAGGUGGUGCUAAGCAUUUGAUUCAAUUGGUUUACUUUGGGGAACAAAUGGUGCAAAUUCCUUCAUUGCUUCUUUUAUGUUACAUAGCUUUACAUGUUCCUAAAAAUGAGACUCUUGGACAAGAGGAGGUGUUAAUAGUACUUGAGUGGUGCACAAAGCAAGCACAGCUAAUAUCAGAACCAAGAAUUGAACCAAUUUUACCAGAAGCCAAAAGUAGGUUGGAACUCUAUCAAUCAAGAGGUAGAGGAUUCCAUUGA